AUGGACAGAACGGACAUGGAUGUGGAUGCAGAGCUGAUGCAGAGGUUCAGCUGCAUGGGCACCACAGACAAGGACGUCCUGAUCACGGAGUUCCAGAGGCUGCUGGGAUUCCAGCUCAACCCCGCAGGAUGUGCUUUCUUCCUGGACAUGACCAACUGGAAUCUCCAGGCUGCCAUUGGUGCAUAUUAUGAUUUUGAAAGUCCCAACGUAAUUACUCCAUCCAUGUCCUUCGUUGAAGAUGUAACAAUUGGAGAGGGAGAGUCGGUUCCCCCUGAUACAUCCUUCACAAAGACAUGGAGGAUACAAAAUCCAGGUGCUGAAUCUUGGCCGCCUGGAGUCAGUCUCAAGUAUGUUGGUGGGGAUCAAUUUGGGCAUGUUAACACAGUUAUGGUCAAGUCGUUAGAUCCCCAAGAAGUUACAGAUGUAAGUGUCCAAAUGAGGAGUCCCACUGCAGCUGGGAUGUACCAAGGCCAAUGGCGAAUGUGCACCACAACAGGAUUAUUUUAUGGCGAUAUCAUUUGGAUAAUACUCACUGUAGAAGUCGGCGGUCUCCUUGGUGUGACUCAGCAGCUAUCAUCCUUCGAGACAGAAUUCAACACUCAACCACAGCGCCAGGUUCAGGGAGACUUCAAUCCCUUCGCGUCACCACAGAAGAAUAAGCACGACGUCCCAGGAGCAGCCUGGGAGCACACACAAGAUCCAGACCAUCAAAACAGACUCUCUCAUAAUGAAGUAAAUAGGACACCAAAUGGUCUUCAAACUAAUCUUUCUGUUGUCACGUUUGGACAGGGAAUCCACGGAACUUAUCCAUUUGGACAGAGCUAG